ACGUAAGUCACUUGCCGCGCAGUGAUGAUGGCGGUGCGUGAACGCGCAGUAAAAGUAAUGGCUGCUCUGGAACGGCGGGUGCCUAGUCUCGAUGAUUUCGUGGGCGAAAGCUGGAGCGCCUGGGCCGAGAGAGCCAGUGUGACUGCGUCGGAAGGCUCCGAUGGAGAUGACUGCAGCAAGAAUGGGAAGAAAGCAGCUGAGGCAAUGUCUCUUAGGAAGGAAGACAUGUCCAUCUUCGGCCACUACCCGGGCCAAGAUGACUUCUACUUGGUGGUGUGUAGCCACUGUGGCCAAGUGGUCAAGCCCCAGGCCUUUGAGAAGCAUUGUGAGAGGAGACACGGCCCCCUGAGCAAACUGUACGCCCCCCUCCGCUCCCCCCCUCCAGCACCCCAGCAGCGCCCCCGCCAUAGCCACUCCCCAUCCUCCGCCCACGCAACCUCAUCCUGGGAAGGGAGGAGGCAAGGGACUGGGGCACCAAGAGCAGCCCCCCCAUCCACACCCCCACAGUUCAGACACACCAAACCCCCCAAGGAAGGAGUACGCCACUCCCACCUGGAUAAGAGCCCCCACAGCGGCCAUUCUGAAUCAGCUGUGUUCAAGCAGCCUCCACCCCUGGAGCCUCCCCUGAGCUCCCCACCUCCCUCCCUCAGAGACCCACCCUGGCCCCAUGGAGGCACCCCGCCCGGCCGGCCCUCCACCACCCCGCCCAGCCAGCCCUCCACCACCCCGCCCGGCUGGCCCUCCACCGCCCGGCCCUCCACCACCCCCCCGCCCGGCCGGCCCUCCACCACCCCCCCGCCCGGCCGGCCCUCCACCACCCCGCCCGCCCGGCCCUCCACCACCCCCCCGCCCGGCCGGCCCUCCACCACCCCCCCGCCCGGCCGGCCCUCCACCACCCCCCCGCCCGGCCGGCCCUCCACCACCCCCCUGCCCGGCCGGCCCUCCACCACCCCGGCCAGCCGGCCCUCCACCAGUGAGAGGACACACACCCAGAGGAAGGAGGCCAUAACGGUCCCUACCCUCCCUGGCCAUCUCCGUGGACCAAGACCUUACAACAAAGUGGCCUCCAGGAGAGAGUGUGAUCUAGACAAGCACUGCGGAGUACUGGACUCCGAGAGGAAGAAAGUCUGCACUCGUCUCCUAACUUGCAAUAUUCAUUCUAUUCACCAGCGGAGGAAGGUUUCUGGUCGGAGUAAAAACUUUGACCAGCUGGUGACCGAGCUGAAGACGGGUGUCCGGAUCCGUGAGCGGAGGGCUCAGACCCAGGAGGGGAGUGGCUCAGGCCGGUCCCCCAGCCCAGAGGCCCACGGGGACCCCCUAGCACACCCCCACUGCAGGAGGCCCCUCACCAACAACCCUGCCUUCAGUCGGUCCAGGGCUUCUUCGGAGAGUGCUCCAGAGGAGGAAAAACCUCAUCAGGAGGAGGGUAGCACCCAAGCCCCAUCACCCCUCACCCAUGGGCGCAUUUCCAGCGAUGAGAGCGAGGGAGAGGGGCCUGAGGAACAAAUCGAAUACCCCUCGUCCUCUUGGCACCCUAAACCAGCCGCGGGGUGUUCGUUUGGCAGUUAUAUGAUGGGUCAUGGUGUGUACACCUUUGACCGGCGGCUCCACCACCUUCGGUCGGCGCUCAAUGCCAUGGUGGAGCAGCACAUCAGCGCACACCUCUGGAAAAAAAUACCUCAAGCAUCAGACCUCCAGUCCCAAAGUCCCUCUGCGAAGAGCAUCUCUUCCUCUCCCUCCUCAUCCUUCUCUUCCUCUCUACAUUCUAAAGUCAGGACAGGAAGCCACAGAACCACCCCGUCCCUCAGGCCUUCCUCCUCUUCCUCCCACGGACCAGGGAGGGAGACACGCCUACAAAUCGCCUCCCACUCCACAGCCAUUAACCAAUCAGAGAAUUCCAGUGGCAGUGGCAUCCAUAUUGUAGCCCCUGCGCCCCCUCCUGUCCGCCAGGCAGGUCCAGGGCGGCCGCCAGGUCCCGGGAGGCCCAAGAACCCGGUGGGGCGACCCAGCAAGCAGCAACUGAGAUUCAGAGAGGAGGAGGCGGCAGCAGCAGCACUCCGUAAACGUGAAGCCCCAUCACUGGAGGAUGAGCACUCCGGCCCAGACAGGAACUCUAUCAUCCUACAGGACCGGGGACGGCCCCCAACCAGUUCCUUUAAGACCGCCCCGCCCACCCCUCACAGCCAGACCAAUGGCACCCUCUCCCCCAGCAGCAAACCCCGCCCCCAGCCAUCCCCCUCGGAGCCCCAUUCACCAGCAUCUGCCUGGUUGUUUAAACGGACACACCCACCCUCUGGACACACUUCCUCCCCACCCGAUCCUCACUUCCACAGGGGGGACUCAGGACUGCACGGGAGGGGGACGACGGGGUACGAGCACAGGGGUCUGGGGAAGAAACGCAAGGGGGGCAGCAGUGAACCCUCUCCCCCCUCCAAACCGCACCGCCUGCCCUCCUCCCCUCACUCCAAUUUCUACCCCUGGAAGGACAGUAAGGGGGGAACACUGCCUGGUGGGGUGGAGAAGAAAAUGGGCACACAGAAGCCAAAACUGCACCAUUAAGAGUGCCUGCCUUACAAGCUACUGAGGGAGUCAGCCCUGCCUGUGCUGUCAGACAUCAUGCCUCAGACUGUGGCUACAGGACUCAAGAGAUGUGUG